AUGCCAUUGAAAGUGGACUUUCAGAAAGACUACAAAACUUGGAGACCUGUUAAACUGCUUAUACGGAUGGCAUUACUGGUCAUCUCCACUAUGAUUGCCUAUGUCUUCCCCUACUAUGAGACCCUCACGGCGAUUGUCGGCUCAAUAUUUACUGUUUCGGUUUCAUUCAUUAUCCCGUGCAUGUGCUAUCUCAAGCUUUCUGCUUGCCAUAGGAGCUGGAACUACGAGCUAUUAGGCAUUGUAGGACUAAUUGUAUUUGGAGCUUUAGCAGGUGUCUUAGGGACUUAUUCAUCUAUUGUAGAAUUUGCUAUAGGAGCUGGAAGUACAAGCUAUUAG